GCUCUCCUCCUUAAGAUGAAACAUGAAACCUGGUCCAAUUUAGCCAAGUUUGUCCUCUACUAGCUCAUAGUUCGUCCAGCGCCAACACAGCUCCGCAUGACCCAUUUCCAUUCGCCUGUUAUUGGUAGAAAACAACUUUGUUAAUCAUCCUCCUUUACCCUUCUAUCACUGGAUUGGUUUUUGUCAACAUUUUUCUCCAGAAUUUUAAAAUCGGUACCCGCGUGGAUUGUAGUUAGGUCAUAUCGUGAGGUUUAUUUUUUUUACAGGAAACUUUGUUACCAUCUCAUUUCACCAUUAGGUGUUGCACAAAACUAAUUGAGUCAUGUUUGACUUAUUCAAAUGACUGAAAUCCGAUUCACAUAAAAGUCCAUUACCUGCGUUCUCCUGGAGCCACUCGUCGACCUUACAUUGCCUAUGCAAUGUACAUUUUAAACUACCUUUGUAAUGUGACAAGGCGUUGACCUAUAUCUCAAUGAAAGUUCUUUUUCCAAGGAUUAGACGUCUUAUUCUUUAAAUGAAAAAACAUGACACGUGUUUCGAAAAGCAUGUCGAUUGUGCUCGUCUUUAUGGGAUUAUUCCUGCUCUUCUCGCCAUCUGCACGAGCUGAGCCCGAGACCCUUGACGAAGAGGAGGAAGAGAGCUCGUGCCAGGGGGCCUUUGACCUCUAUUUCGUGCUUGAUAAGUCCGGCAGUGUGAUGGACCAUUGGGACGAUAUCUAUUACUUUGUGGAAAACCUGGCAGAGAAAUUCAAAAGCCCAAUGCUGAGGAUGUCCUUCAUCACCUUCUCCUCCAACGCGGUCACCAUCAUGAAGCUGACCGAGAACAGGGUGGAGAUCAGAAAGGGUCUGAACGCCCUGCAUAGAGAGAUCCCUGGUGGAGACACCUGCAUGGACCAGGGUCUGAACCUGGCAAACCAGCAGAUAUACCACGAGAACAUAGGGACGGCUAGUGUUAUAAUCGCACUGACAGACGGAGAGCUGCAGGAACAUCAGCUCAGGGAUGCUCAGCAGGAGGCGGAGAGGGCCAGGUCUCUUGGUGCAAUUGUUUACUGCGUUGGAGUGAAGGAAUUUAACGAGACUCAGCUGGCCACCAUUGCAGACACAAUCGAGCAUGUGUUUCCUGUGUUGGGAGGAUUCCAAGCCCUCCGAGGGGUCAUCGACUCGAUCAUUAAGAAGUCCUGCAUCGAGAUCUUGGCGGCUGAGCCGUCCAGCGUGUGUGCAGGAGAAUCAUUUCAAGUGGUGGUGAGAGGCAAUGGCUUCCUCCAUGCGCGAAAUAUCGACCAGGUGCUCUGCAGCUUCAAAGUCAAUGACACCAUUACUAUAAAUGAGAAACCAGCCCAGGUGGAGGACACCUUCCUGCUGUGUCCUGCCCCCGUCAUCGGGGAAAUCGGGAAGUAAGGUAAACUGGACGCUAUCUGGGCGCUGUUUCGCCGUGGUUACGACCAGGUGUCUCUGAUGAGGCCUCAACCUGGAGAUCAUGGCCGCUGCAUCAACUUCACCCGCGUGAAGGACGAGGCGGCCGCCGGCGCCAACGCCAGGGCCCCGCCCCCCCGCACGCCCAGCCACACCCCCUCCCCUCCGCCGCCGGACUACCACCCCGUGACCCGCACGCCCACGCCGCCGCAGCUGAGCAGCCCGCCGGCCAGGCUGCCCCGAGGGGCAGAUGCCCCUGGGACCCCGCCCUCCCGCACACCCCCGGGAUCCCCGGCCCCCCCGCCCUCCAGGCCCCCCCCCAGCCUGCAGCCCUAGACCAAAGGGAGGCAGGAACAGAGAGGGGGAGAGAAAUAGAGUGAAAGGAGAGGGAAUGAUGCUGACCGCCUCCCCCCCACCCCCACCCCCACGAACAACCUCUUCAUUAUAAGCCGACCCCCCCCGCGCCCCCCCCGCCCCGUCCUACACGGCUAUCAGUUCGAUGCCGAUGGACCACCCAGCCAGAAAUACUCCACCAACAUCUACUAAAGAUGAUUAUCAAAACAGAUACAAAAAUCUGUCCAAAAGUCAUGGAGCUCUUCGUUUAUUUUUGGCACGGAUCUGAUCCAAUUUUGCAGCUAUUCUUGUAAAAUAUAAUAUUUUAUAGCUUGUUAGCAUCCACUUCCAUCUAUCCAAAUACGGAUUACUAUGUGGUGAACUAGUUAUUCAUAUGUAAUUUAGAUGAUAGGCUUGUUGAAUCAGGUUUGUGCUGAAUUUGACUCUGUGUUUACUCUAAUUAGGCUAGUUUGAAGCACGUUAUCACACGAUACGUUCAUCACGUCGCAAAGCUACAACAAACAAGCAGUGAUGCAUAUGAGGAGCGCUAAAGUAGACUGGCACGUGUGUGGGGGGAGACCGUGCUUGGCAUUAUAUUUUUUAAGAUCGGCGAGGUUUGUUGCUGGACAGCAAAGCAUGUAAGGACAGGAUAUCAGAAAAGAACUACAGCAACGGUUUCAUUAUUUAGUUCUCUUUUAUCAACUACUGAGUUUUCUUGCCAAUCUUUCGAGUGUAGGCUAACAGUAGGUUGCUAGCAUGGACAUCGUCCUUAUCCAAUUUCAAUUAAAUGAAUCGUGUUAUUCAUACAUUGCUAGGUUGGUAGAACAGCAAGUGUUAAAGAAAAAAAAUUAACAAUUAUACAUGAUCAUAAAGUGUCGUUAUCGGUUAAAUGUUCUUUGGUAUUUUUUCUGAUUAAAUGUGGUUGACACAUUUUUAUCCAAACAAACUCUUUUUUACCCUCAAUUAUUAUUCAACCUCAAACCUGAUAUGCUAAAACAUGAUUUAUAAAUAAGGUGUUGAAAUUACAAUUGUAUGCAAUCUUUACCGAUUUAUUACCUCCUCAGGAUUAGAGUACAGGACAGGUUUUGUCAUUAAAAGCGUUACGGCGGUUAUAUAUGUCUGUUGUUUGGAGAUAAUGUCUGUGGGUGUGCUUUUCCGGGCGUUUUAUUCUCUGUUUGGUUUCCAUGUACGCUUUGUCGUCAAUAACUUUGAGGCUUUAGAUGUUGGCCUUCGAAACUCAUCAAGGCAGUUUAACGAAACGGGAUGUGGUAUUACUUUAGAAUCUGUGCACAUAGCAGAGCUGGGCAAAGUAAAAGCAUAACCAGCGUAGUUUGUUUUUCACACUUUGACAUGUUGUUUUGUAUGACGAGCAAACUCAUCCAUUUGAGAAAUCAGGAAGGAACACCCCUGGUCUUCAGUUGAACUGUACUGAGUAUCAUGUAUGUCUACUAUCACCACCAGUCACAUUGCAACUGCAGGCAGUUCAUUCAGCAUCUAAUUUAUUUAACUUCCCACUCAAGAGGUAGAGGAGGGUACUUGAAUAUCGACAAGGUGUCCACCAGCAAAGACGGACACUGUGCAAAACACAGUUUAACUUCAUGUCCCACCAACCACCCACCAGUCAGCCUUCUGUGGUGCAAUGCAGCUGUAGAUUUGAAACGGUCGCCAAACAGUAAUCAAUCGAUCCACAAGGCGAAAGGUUAUUGCUGUUUUUUUCACAUUGGUUUAUAUUAUAUAUGAUGUCACCACAUUAGUGCAAUGAUGAUGUCACGUAGUGUGCCUUUUGUUUGUAAUGAACAUGUUCACUUAGCAGCCAUAUGGUUGUUUAGUUGGGGAAACCAAUGCAGUAUUUCUUUAGGUCUGCAUUCAAUUUCUGCAUAUUAAAGUUCCCCCGGAUGCCAUUUUGAGUUUUUAUGAUUUCCCUUAAGAUUCUUAAAGAUAUAUACCCCCAACUAACCAGUAUGGCUGCUAUAGGUCCAAGGCCGGGGAAAUUUACCAUUUCAAGUAAUGUAUGGGCAAAAAAUGAAUAUUUUUGUUUCAUCCAGUGCCUCCUGAGAUUCUUUUCUAUACAUUAUUUUCAUAAGUAGUUUGAGAUGUUCUUACUGUUGUUGUUUGCUGGUUGUGGUCCGUUUUUUAAUUACUUCAAGAGAUCAUUUCAAAGUGCAAGGGAUGUUUUAAAAAUGGUUCUGUAAUCUCUACCAAGCAAGAAUUACAUUUUUGUAAGUCAAAUAUAAUAAAUGUUUCACUUCAAAUCGAA